AUCAUAUUCGCUAGCUACUGCUAAGGAAUUUAAUUUGCUGUGUUUAGUUUCCAUAUAAGAACACUCUCUACAAUCUACAUGUACUAUAGAUACAAAUAUCAAGGGUAUUUAAUUAGUAGAAACAUAUACUUGUUGGAGAUACAAAUAUCAAGGGUAUUUGAUCAACUCUAUUUUUAUUUUUUUUAUAAGUGUAUUUGAUCAACAUUUUACAGUAUUUGUUACAUCGAUAUUUGUUACAUUAUAUUAUUAAUCCUAUGAAAAAAGCCGGAAAAUAACUCAUCAGUUGAAAUAUUGCUUCAUGAUAUAUAGGAUCAAUCAUGGUCCAUGGAUCAAUAGUAAAUAGCUUAUUUACCUUGGAAUAAAUUAGUGGAGUUUGAUGUUUAGUGGGUAAUUAGUAGGCCACACUUUCCACAAUUAGAAAGUAGUUAGCAUUUUUUGAAGGGAUUAUCUUAUUUUUAGUUAAGUUUGUUUUUGUUAAUUUGAGAUGUUAAGUAUGCUAUGUUUCAUAUGUUAAAGGCCUUUUUUUAGUUAAGUUUGAUAUGUUUAGUGGGUAAUUUAGUACGCCACAAUUUUCCACCAUUAGAAAGUAGUAAGCCUUUUUUUGGAAGGGAUAUCUUAUUAUUAGUAAAUUUGUUUUGCUAAUGCCUAUGUAAUGGCUCCCAGAUUGUAGUUCAGUUGUGGCAAUAUAAAGUGUUUUAGAGUUCUCUUCCAUUUUUCAUAAAAAAGAAUUCUCCUCUUAUAUCUUUUAAUUAAGUUCGACAUAGAAAACGUGUUCUCAUGGAAUUUUAUACUUUUUCACUAAUUUUCCUCCCCAUUGUCUUCACAAUCAUCUUCUUGUCAAACUUGUUAAGCAAAUCCAAACUACCUCCGGGACCAAAACCAUGGCCUAUCAUAGGCAACAUCCACAUGCUCGGUGAAAAGCCUCAUCAUACUCUCACCGAGUUUGCAAAAACAUACGGCCCCAUUAUGUCUCUCAAACUCGGAAGCAUCACUACAAUUGUAAUCUCAUCCCCAGAAAUAGCCAAAGAAAUGUUCGUUAAACAUGAUUUAGCCAUUUCUAGUAGGAGUGUCCCAGAUGGUGCGCGGGCAAGAGACCAUGACAGACUCUCCAUGGUUUGGCUCCCAGUUUCCGCCAAAUGGCGGGAACUUCGAAAGAUUGCAACUAUGCAAUUGUUCUCGAAUCAACAACUCAAUAUUGGUCAGGCUUUGCGGCAGAAGAAGCUAGAAGAGCUAGUAGACUAUGCACGAAAGUGUUGUGAAAAUGGUGUACCUAUGGAUAUUGGUAAGGCCGCGUUUACUACCACAUUAAAUUUAUUGUCUAGCACAUUUUUCUCCAAGGAUUUGGCUAGCCAUGAUUCUUCAAGUUCACAAGAGUUUAAGGAUAUUGCUUCAAAUAUCAUGGAAGAGGGUGCAAAGCCUAAUUUGUCGGAUUUUUUUCCGAUUGUAAAGAGCUUGGAUUUGCAGGGAAUACUCAAAAGGAGUACGGGUUACGUGACUCAAUUGAUGGAAUUAUUCGAAAGGAUUAUUGAUGAAAGGUCAACAGAUGAGAAGGAUGACGUCUUAGGCACUCUACUCAAACUUGCUAAGGAUGAUAAAUUAAGCCUCGAAGAAGUCAAACAUAUGCUCGUGGUAAGUAAAUUCAACUUUCAAGUAAAUUUUGCAAUUGAAGUAUGAUAAAGAAAGGAUUAAUUUCGACCCAAUUGGGCUCGAAAUACACUCGAGCUAGGGCAAUUGAGCAAAAAAUGGGCAGUAAGGACAUGACUCUUCGACCCAAAAUAUGUUGCCUCCGUAUUUUUUUAGUUGCACCAUUUGCUUUGUGCCACUAUUCAUCAACUAACUUUGUUAAACUAUCUCGCAUCGUUAUAUAAGAAGGAAUAUAGUCAAGAGGGAUCUUGUUAGAUUCGUCUCAAUGCGGAAAUUUCAAAUAUCAAAUUUUAUAAUUUUUACUUACACCCAAUAAGAGAUAUCAACAUUAAAAGAAGUGUCUCGACAAAUGUGAAAAAACAAAUGUAAAAAAAUAUAAAGGUGGUAUGUUUUAGCUUAAAUUAGCCUAAAAAGCCCUAAGCUUGGACACAAAUAUUUUGCCAAAGACAAGCAGCUUUUUAUUGGUAAGAGGUCACUCAUCCCGCUUUAUUUUGGUUAGCUUUAUGAGGCAAUAAGAGUAGCUUAAUGGCAAACACCCUCACCUCUCAAGUCCGAGACCCCCGUCGAGUCCUCAUCCUAGCAAGGAGAAAGAAAGGCAUAAUGAAUCCCUAACUGUGAGUGAGCAGUCGCCAACUAGAUUUACAUUGAGGAAAAAUUGCAGGUUGCUGAUUUAUCAUCCCUCAGGGUAGUAGUGUUUAUAUCUGAUGAUUAAUUCGAAAUUUCAGAUCGAAGAAAAUACGACUCAAAUAGGAUAUCCAAGUUUUAGGAUCAGACAGGUCGGAUAUAUGAGAAAUUAAAAAAAAUAAAA